UCUUGAUAAUCUGAGAGAGAAGAGAGACCAAUCCCAAAACCCUAAACCCAUUCCCGCGGAUUUUUUCCCCUUUCACUCUUCGUUGUGAAAGGGAGCUAAUACGGAGACCAAAUGGGAGAUCCGUUGGAGAGGUUGGGAUCAGAGGCAUCAAUGGCAACGGAGUCUGGCAUGAAGUCUGACUUGUGUUUAGAGAUCGAUCCUCCGUUAAGCGAAACCGUCGCCACCGCCGAAGACUGGCGUCGUGCUCUAAGCAAAGUUGUUCCCGCCGUCGUCGUACUCCGCACAACGGCCUGUCGCGCCUUCGACACCGAGUCGGCCGGUGCUAGCUAUGCUACUGGGUUUGUCGUUGAUAAGCGACGUGGGAUCAUCCUCACCAAUCGUCAUGUGGUUAAGCCAGGCCCAGUAGUUGCUGAGGCAAUGUUUGUGAACCGCGAAGAAAUCCCAAUCUAUCCUGUAUACAGGGAUCCGGUCCAUGACUUUGGCUUCUUUUCGUAUGAUCCCGGUGCAGUACAGUUUCUGAGUUAUGAAGAAAUUCCUCUUGCCCCAGAGGCGGCUUCUGUUGGACUCGAAAUCAGGGUUGUCGGAAAUGAUAGCGGAGAAAAGGUUUCCAUACUGGCUGGUACUCUUGCUCGGUUGGAUAGGGAUGCUCCACAUUAUAAAAAAGAUGGUUAUAACGACUUCAACACGUUUUAUAUGCAAGCAGCAUCAGGUACUAAAGGUGGGUCAAGUGGUUCUCCUGUCAUUGAUUGGCAAGGCAGGGCGGUAGCCUUGAAUGCUGGCAGCAAGUCCUCAAGUGCAUCAGCCUUCUUCCUACCACUUCAACGAGUUGUCAGGGCGUUGAGUUUUCUCCAGAAAAGCAUCGACUCGUCCACGGAUAAGCCAAAAGCAGUUCAUAUUCCUCGUGGUACUCUUCAGAUGACAUUUAUUCACAAAGGCUUCGAUGAGAUACGGCGACUUGGUCUCAGGAGCGAAACUGAACAGGUGGUUCGACAUGCAUCUCCACCUGGGGAAACCGGAAUGCUUGUUGUUGACUCUGUGGUGCCAAGUGGCCCUGCUGAUAAACAUUUGGAAGCGGGAGAUGUUCUUGUUCGUGUGAACGGCACAGUUCUUACGCAAUUUCUGAACUUGGAGAGUCUGAUUGAUGACGGUGUUGGCCAGAUAGUUGAAUUGGAAAUUGAAAGGGGUGGACACCCACUAUCCGUUAGUGUAUCGGUUCAGGAUUUACACUCAAUCACUCCAGAUCACUUCCUGGAAGUAAGUGGUGCUGUAAUUCAUCCGUUGUCUUAUCAGCAGGCUCGUAAUUUUCGUUUUCCUUGUGGAUUGGCCUAUGUUGCGGACCCUGGAUACAUGCUAUUUAGAGCUGGGGUCCCACGACAUGCUAUCAUAAAGAAGGUUGCUAAUGAGGAUAUCUCUUGUCUUGCGGAUUUAGUAUCCGUUCUUUCAAAGCUCUCCAGGGGUGCUCGUGUUCCCUUGGAAUAUAUGUCUCACACCGAUCGCCAUCGCAAGAAGUCUGUGUUAGUCACAAUUGAUCGUCAUGAAUGGUACGCUCCUCCACAGUUGUAUACCCGUAAUGACAGUUCUGGUUUAUGGGAUGUGAAACCUGCAAUCGAAUCGAUUGGUAAUAGUGGUUUGCCUAUAAGCCAACAUAUUCCUCUCUGCCAUCACGAUACAGAACCCAUGUAUGAAGUGAAUCUUCGUGGGGUUAAUGAUACUGCGUCUACUAUGGAAGCCUCGAGUGGGGAUGGUUCUCAGAAUGAUUUUGGCUCAGAAGCAAAGAAACAAAGAGUGGAAGAUGAUUCUUUAGAUGGAACUGUUGCAAACGGUUCCGUAUAUGGGAGUGAAUCUAAAUCUGAUGAUGCAAUGGCAACAGAUAAUACAGUUUUACGAGACUACGAAGGUGCAACAGCACUGCCUGCUAAUGCUUCAUUGGCUGAACGUGCUAUUGAGCCCGCUCUUGUCAUGUUUGAGGUUCAUGUGCCACCAUCGUGCAGUCUUGAUGGUGUACAUUCACAACAUUUCUUUGGGACUGGCGUCAUUAUUUAUCAUUCUUCAAGCAUGGGGCUUGCUGUGGUGGACAAAAACACUGUAGCUAUUUCUGCAUCUGAUGUUAUGUUGUCCUUUGCUGCUUUUCCAGUCGAGAUUCCUGGAGAGGUGGUAUUUCUUCAUCCUGUUCACAACUAUGCUCUGAUUGCCUAUAACCCGUCAGCAAUGGGUCCUGCCGGUGCUUCAGUCAUUCGUGCAGCUGAGCUACUACCUGAACCUGCACUACAACGUGGAGAUUCAGUUUAUCUUGUCGGAUUGAGUAGGAACCUUCAAGCCACAUCAAGAAAAUCUAUUGUAACCAAUCCAUGUGCAGCGUUAAACAUUGGGUCUGCUGAUUCUCCCCGCUAUAGAGCUACUAAUAUGGAAGUAAUUGAGCUUGAUACAGAUUUUGGUAGCUCAUUUUCAGGAGCGCUGACUGAUGAGCAGGGGAGGAUUCGGGCCAUUUGGGGAAGCUUUUCGACUCAGAUUAAAUAUAGUUCUACUUCGUCAGAAGACCAUCAGUUUGUCAGAGGUAUCCCAGUAUCUGCGAUCAGCCAAGUCCUUGAAAAAAUCAUAAACGGUGGAAAUGGACCAGCUCUUCUCAUAAAUGGUGUCAAGAGGCCAAUGCCACUUGUUAGGAUUUUGGAAGUUGAGUUGUAUCCUACUUUGCUCUCAAAAGCCCGGAGUUUUGGUCUGAGUGAUGAUUGGAUCCAAAUCCUAGUCAAGAAGGAUCCUGUUAGACGACAAGUUCUGCGUGUUAAAGGUUGCCUGGCAGGAUCAAAAGCGGAAAAUCUUCUGGAACAAGGCGACAUGGUUCUGGCAGUAAAUAAGAUGCCAGUUACAUGCUUCAGUGACAUUGAAGCCGCUUGCCGAACAUUGGAUAAGGGUAGCCACAACGAUGAAAAUCUCAAUCUAACAAUCCUUCGACAGGGCCGAGAAAUGGAGCUCAUAGUUGGAACUGAUAAAAGAGAUGGAAAUGGAACUACAAGAGCGAUAAACUGGUGUGGGUGCGUUGUUCAGGAUCCUCAUCCUGCGGUUCGCGCUCUUGGAUUUCUUCCUGAGGAAGGCCAUGGUGUCUAUGUAACGAGAUGGUGUCACGGGAGUCCCGCACACCGGUAUGGCCUCUAUGCACUUCAAUGGAUCGUGGAAGUUAACGGGAAAAAGACUCCUGAUCUAAACGCAUUUGCAGAUGCUACCAAGGAGCUAGAGCACGGGCAGUUUGUGCGCAUAAGGACUGUUCACCUAAACGGCAAGCCACGAGUCUUGACUCUGAAACAAGAUCUCCAUUAUUGGCCAACUUGGGAGCUGAGAUUCGACCCAGACACUGCUCUUUGGCGGAGAGAUAUACUGAAAGCCUUAAAAUGAAAAUCUUUUUUAGAUCAUUGAUUACUCUGAAGAGCUCUUACGAUCUCUCAUAUGCUUCAACUUUGUUGUAUUUCUAUCAAUAUUCUACUCCAAAUCUUCAUUACAUACCAUUAUAAAAGAACGGUCACUACAAUUUACAGAAAAAAAACUCAGUAGGAAGGAUUUUACAUCCACUAAAAAAUAAUCAA